CAUCACACUUCCUGAUCGAGCUGGUACAAAUCAGAAGAGCUUCCUGAAUUUGGUCUAUAGCUCAGUGUUCUCCAAACCAAGCGACCAUGUCUUUUGUGGAUACCUUGCGCCAGUGGGACCAGGCUGUGACUUGUGUUGACGUGCAGGAUUUGACGGAGGCUCUCAGGAUUUUCCUGUCCAUCCAGGAGCCAAACUCCAAAAUUUAUUUUAACAUUGGCUGUCUCCAUCUUCUUAACCGAGACCUGGAUGCUGCUGAAAAGGCGUUUGAUUGCAGCAUAGGAAAGGAUGAACAUUUGGCUGUGGCCUUCUUUCAAAGAGGAAUGACGUUUUACCGAAUGAAGAGGUAUGAGGAGAGUUUAGCUGAUUUCCAGCAAGCCUUCAAAGCACUAAGGGGCAACCAACUGAUAGAUUACAAAGCACUUGGUCUCCGAUACAAAUUAUAUGCAUGUGAGGUUCUCCUCAAUAUGGCUCUGUCUGAGGCUCAGCUGGGCAACUGGGAAAAAGCCCACAUAAACCUUGUGAAGGCUCUCAACUACAAGACAGAUGCCAAGCUCAAUAUCAUCGACAGAGCUCUUGAUUCCGCCCUGAAACAGAAGCUUUUCAAACCGGUCGAGUUCCCAUCAAAAGUAUUAUUUAAACCGAAUAAGCACUAUGUUGCUGAGCUGGAGAAGAAGGACUACCUGGGCAAAGCAAAGGUCGUUGCCUCGGUCGUCCCUCAGGACGCCUUCUCUGGAUUCGCCCCCUUAAAGCCACAGGUUGAAGAUGGUCCAGCGUGUCCAAAAGAACCUGAGGUUUUGAGGGCUUUGGAAGGAGAACCCCACACUGUCCUGUUCAAGUUCGUUCCUGAGACCAGUGAUGAGUUGGCCGUAGUGCCGGGCAACAUUGUGUUUGUACUGCAGAAAGGUGCCGACAACUGGGCCUCUGUGAUCUUCAACGAAAGAAGGGGACUUGUUCCUUACAAUUACCUUGAACGUUUGGAGAUCUCCUUGGCUUCCAAACCGAAUGAGGGACAGGGGAAAUCUCAGCCUCUGAGUCGAGAACCCCCCACCAGACCUGAGAGGAUACAAGGUCUUACUCCUAGUGGUAACAGCAGUGGAGACACAGAACAGGAUGAGCAGUCUACCGACAACUUGUGCAUUGUCAAAGUCCGUUUCACGUUCAACUUUGCUGUCUCAGUACCACUCGGGUCUCCAUCUGCAAUACUGAUUGAGAAAAUCAGUAAGAAACUGAAUCUCCCGUCAACUGCAAUCACUUUGAGUUUAACCUCCGAGGCAACGGAACAAAGUGUAAUCACCCCCAGCACAGAAAUGGAAAGCAUGUGGCGUGGUGCCAGUGGUCUGCGCAUCACCUUGUGGUGUCACGCCAACGAGCACACUGAUGGAACUCGACAGAGCGAGAUCCACUUGGUGGCACUUCAUUCCUAUGAGUCGUCAAACCCAGAGGAUCUCAACUUUCAUCAAGGUGAUACGAUCACAUUACUCUCUAAAGUUAACCAGGACUGGCUGGAAGGGCAAUGUAGUGGGGCCACCGGUAUAUUUCCUGCAUCCUUUGUGGAAGAAGUUCCUGUCAAUGACCAGUCAUCUGAAUGAAUACAUGUGAACAGAGAACAUACUGGAGCCAGUAAUACAGCGGAGUGGCUAAGGCUGAAAAGUGGUCAGGAGCCCCCGACCAAAACAUUCAAGAAUCAACUACAUUUGAUGAAUCAGGGUCCACAUAUUGUUCAUUGAUGAAACCUUUGAACACUUUUUCAUUAAAUUAAAUCCUUUUUCAUAACGAAUACAUUUGGACAAGUGUGUCAAGUUGUAAUAAUGGUUUACAUUCCGUCAUUCAGUAAGUAGUGCGAUACAAAAAAAUAAUGAUAUCCGAUAUUGAUUUUUUAAAUGAAAACGCAUUAUUACUUACAGUAAUUACAAAUAAUAUACAUUUAAUACCGGCAAGCAUGAUUAAAUAAUCUGUUAGAGUCCUUGUGCGUGUCAGGUGCAUUGUCAUGGAGACGUUCCUUCCUCUUCAUAGGCAAUAGCUAUGCCUCUCCUGCCCACCACUGCCUUCACCACAGGGGUCUCCCCCAACUUCUUCUCUAAGCCACGCCAGCUUCGUUCUGCCAGAAAAGAUGCUGAAAAGAGAAAGCAAAAUGCGUUUGUUUGACUUACCAGUUAUUGUAUGUGCGCAUAACUCUACAAUAAACGUAUAGAUGUGUGGAAAUUA